CAGGAUCGGGCAAAGGGGGGCGGCGGCGGUAGCAGCUUCUCUUUUGACGCGGGGGAAGCGCACCGCGGCUAUUGCUUUUAGGGAAGUCAAUCGCUGGGGCCGGGGGACGCGUGCGCAGUGGAGACCCUCUGCCAGCAAGGGUUUUUCUUUUUUUUUUUUUGCCUUUUUUUUUUUUUGCCUUUCCCUUUUUUUUUUUAAAGCUUGCUUUCCAACAGCCCCCCCCCUCUCCCCUCCUCCUCUCUUUGCUCAAAUCUGGAGCGUUUUGAGGGGGGGGCAAAAAAAAAAAGAGAGAGAGAGAGAAGGAAAGAAAAAGAGGGGAGGGGGAGGGUUGGGGAGAUCGAGGCACGGAUGCGCCGGGAUUCAGCCAGCCCAGCGCUGGAGGCUUGCGGGGGGCCUCGGAUGCAGGGGGAGGGGCUGUUCCCUAAACUGCAGUUCCCCUAGGCCGGGCAGGGGCCACGGGGACGUCUGGCUGGCCCUUGGGCUCGGAAUAAGUACCCAGCGUGGGCCAGAAGGGCUGAAGAGGGCUUCCCAUGCCGACCGUUUGCGAAGUGGGGAAGCAGUACCCAGAGCCGCCGUACCCGGACAGACCCCUUCCAAUGUCCCAGCAUGAGACCUCUCCGGCUGCACUGCGGAGGGCCAGCAACCACCGACGGGGCAACCCCUGCUGCUUGUGCUGGUGCUGCUGUUGCAGCUGCUCCUGGAAUGAAGACCGGGAAAGGGCCUGGAGAGCAUCUCGCGAAACGAAAUUGGAGACCAUUCCAAACUGUGAAUCCUGCACCAAACCCACCACCGAAGAAAUUAAGGUCUGGUCUCAGUCGUUUGACAAGUUGAUGAAAAACCCAGCUGGCAGGAACGUGUUUCGGGAAUUCUUACGGACUGAAUACAGCGAGGAAAAUAUGCUCUUUUGGUUAGCUUGCGAGGAGCUCAAAAGCGAAUGCAACAAGCGUGCCAUCGACGAGAAAGCACGGAUGAUCUAUGAAGAUUAUAUCUCCAUCCUUUCUCCCAAGGAGGUCAGCUUGGACUCCCGUGUCCGUGAGGGCAUCAACCGCAAGAUGCAGGAGCCCUCCUCGCACACCUUCGACGAUGCGCAGUUACAGAUUUACACGCUUAUGCACAGAGACUCCUACCCCCGUUUCCUGAACUCUGCCAUAUACAAAGCUCUGAUCCAGAGUGUCUCUCGGUCAUCUUCGGAGUCUUAAGCCCUUCUGUACCAUUGAUAAGAGACACCAAGUGAAGGAUUUCCUUUCCUACAAACAGGUGUUACUGGUUUUUCCCCCCUCUUCUUCUUUAAAAAAAACAACUCCCACAUGAGCUUACAGAACAAAAUAGACUGAAGACAGCUGAGUUCUGAUCACAGACAAUAGUCCAGUCGUUGGAAAGUUCACUCCACAACUUCCUGCCCAGUUUUUCUUCCCUCAGAAAAGAGCCUAUGCCAGCCGCCAUCAAGGACUCAGGCUUCUACUUCCAUUACAGAAUGUGGGUUGGCCCCCAGCCUAGAGAUGGAGAAUGUAGAACGGAGCAACCAACCAGCAACAGAUUGGGAGGUUAGACCUCUGGGGCCACGUGGCAGAAGAAACCAGACCAAAGCCCCACAUCUCCUGGAUGUUUUGAUCUCUCCCUCACGGAUUUGUGUUUAGUUUGUUUUUUUUAAAAUUCCUUCCGUGUUUAUUAAGAAUUAUUUCCAUGGUGUUCUUGUAGACACAACGAUCUCAGAUGGUUGGAGUGGAAACUGAGGUUAGGCCAAUGUUAAUGGAAUUAAGAAAAGUUCAGAUGUUAUAAAAAGUAUGUUCAGGUUUCCUGCA